AUGUCCUCAAUGCCAAUGUGCCUAUUGCCAAGUGACAUUGCAGGCCAUGUUGACUUGUACGUUUACUUCCGUUCUCGCAAACCAUUUGUGCCAGUCCAACGACUUAAUCUUUGGGCACAGACCAUUAUAUCGGGGAGGUUAGUCCCUGUUGAGGGAAUGGGCGACACCCUCAUCCCUCUGCUAUCUCUUGUCCCUAUGCGCGUCAACCUCAACAACCCUGGUUGUCUCUAUCAAGUCCAGGAUGACAUCAUUGCUGUAAUUCCAUUCGAAAAUGUUCCUCCUGGGCAGGUGCAGAAAUGGGUUAGAUCGGGCACUGAUUUAUUCAACAUUCUUUUCUCGGUUAUGCACAAAGACCAGACUGCAUACGAGAUUUUUGAUGUUGUGCAGAGUGAAUUGCCUCAGCCAGACUUCUUCCUGUCCAUGGAGAUAGUGGUAGACAUCUACCUUGCACGGAACCAUCACGUUCUGAAGACGGCUGCCAGUGAUGCGGGUGUCACUCUUCAGUGUUUGGGGCAGGCAGCUUGGCUGAAGCUUGUCUCAUCGAAAGUGUCUUCCUAUGACAUAAUGUUUGGGCACAUUGUCUCUGGAUGCUCUUUUCCAGGCUAUGAAGACAUUAUUGGACUCAUGUUGAACACUAUACAAUGUUGUGUUUGUAUCGGCGAAACCACGACAAACAGGGAUUUAUUGUGUUCUAUCCAUGCAAAUAACUUGGCCGCCUCAGAGUGGCAACAUGCUUCGCUUUGUGACAUACAGUCUGAGACGGGGCUCUUUGAUCUAUGGGACAGCAUAUUUGUCUUUCAACCUCUGAAGUCCAUAUAUUCAAGUCCAUUGUGGAGUUUGCUCAAUCCAGAUGAGUUUCAAGCCAACCUUCAGUACCCAUUGAACUGUGAGUUCCACAAAAUGGAUGAUGGAUUUUCUGUGACGCCUGCUUGCCUGUCAAAUUUCAUGGAUCUGGAGUCUUUGGAUCAUGAAAUGUCAUGGCUUGAGCCCUUUCUCGCUACUGUCGUCUCCCAACCGAAUGCCAAGGCCAUUGUGGAUGUUCUCUUGGACAGCAGAAAGCUUCCCCUCUAUAGUAAUGUGCCCACCACCAGUAUUGCACCCCACAGAGGACUCAACCAUUUACCUCCUGCAUUGGUCAAUGUCCUAGUUUCUAUCGCCAAAUGCUCUGUCGACAGGCUGGACCUGGACAGCCCAGCUGCAGCCAUUGGGAUUGACUCAAUCACAGCAAUUCAACUCAGUACCUUCGGACAGCCUUUGCAAGCUUCAGAAGGCAUCGCGCCACUUCGGACAACACUUUCACAGCCUUGGACGACCUUUGGUCGCAUCGGACAAGUUUCUCGGUACUUUGGAAGUAGUCUCGGAACUACGGACGAGCAUUAA